CAGGCACAGAGUGAGUGCAGCCAGGCAGGGAGUGAUUGAGUGAGAGAGCUGUCAGACUGCACUCUGCAAGCCUGAGAGCAGAGACUGGGAAUAACUGUAUACAGUGCACUGCCUACCUGGGACCUACAGUUUCAACAGUUCACUGCAUGUCUUGGACUUAUACACAUCACUCUGGAUACUUUGGAGCUAAGCACAGUGCACUGCCUGGGAUUUAAAUGCAGUGCACUGCCUGGGAUUAAACACACUGCAUUGCCUGGGAUUUAAACACUGCACUGCCCGGGAGCUCUAUGCAGUGUGCUCUGUGUCUGCUCCUCCUUAGAUCUACUGAGAGUGCCAUGCCUGCCUGGGAGUACUGAGAGUGCCCUCCCUGCCUGGGAUUACUGAGAGUGCCCUCCCUGCCUGGGAAUAGUGAUAGUGCUCUGCCUGCCUGGGAUUACUGAGAGUGCCCUUCCUGCCUGGGAGUACUGAUAGUGUCUUGCCUGCCUGGGAUUACUGAGAGUGCCCUCCCUGCCUGAGGGCACUGAUAGUGUCUUGCCUGCCUGGAACAGUGAUAGUGCUCUGCCUGCCUGGGAGUAUUGAGAGUGCCCUGCCUGCCUAGGAGUACUGACAGCGCUCUGCCUGCCUGGGAUUACUGAGAGCGCCCUGCUAGUCUGGGAGUACUGAAUCCUUCUGCUGAGGGCCCCUGUUGUGGGGCACUGCGCACCUGCUCAUGGUGUCACUGUUAACAAAGCGUUACCAAACUAGCCACCUCAUGUGUCCGUGCUCAGCAGAGCAGGUAUAGCGUUUUGAGCCUCUUCAGGAAAAAAAUGAACGAAAAUGAAGAAGACAAACAGGGCCAAGCGGGGCAGCUCUUUGAGAAUUUUAUCCAGGCCACCACAUGCAAAGGAACUCUCCAGGCAUUUAAUAUCCUCACUCGCCAGCUGGAGCUCGACACACAGGACUAUCGACACUUCUACUCCAAGCUGAAGUCCAAAGUGACGAACUGGAAGGCCAAGGCAUUGUGGAACAAGCUGGACAAGAGAAUCGGCCACAAAGAAUACAACAAGGGGAAAGCAUGUCUCAACACCAAUUGCUUGAUCAUCGGAGGGGGUCCGUGUGGUCUGCGGACAGCCAUAGAGCUAUCCUGCCUCGGGGCCAAAGUGGUGGUGGUGGAAAAAAGAGAUACAUUUUCAAGGAACAAUGUUCUCCAUCUCUGGCCGUACACCAUACACGACCUCAGGUGCCUCGGGGCGAAGAAAUUCUAUGGCAAGUUCUGCGCUGGGUCGAUUGAUCACAUAAGUAUUUGGCAGCUCCAGCUCAUGCUGUUUAAGAUUGCACUCCUGCACGGAAUUGAAAUCCACGUGAAUGUCGAAUUCGCAAAACUCUUGGAGCCUCCAGAAGAUCAAGAAAAUCAAAAAAUAGGUUGGAGAGCAGAAUUUCUACCACAAGAUCACCCAUUGUCAGAAUAUGAGUUUGAUGUAAUCAUUGGUGCUGAUGGACGUAGAAACACUUUGGAAGGAUUUCGAAGGAAAGAAUUCCGGGGGAAAUUGGCGAUUGCUAUAACUGCCAAUUUCAUUAACAGAAACACGACGGCGGAAGCCAAAGUGGAGGAGAUCAGUGGAGUAGCAUUUAUUUUCAAUCAAAAAUUCUUCCAGGACCUUAAAGAAGAGACAGGGAUCGAUCUGGAGAACAUUGUUUAUUAUAAAGACAGCACCCACUACUUCGUAAUGACAGCCAAAAAACAAAGCCUUCUGGACAAAGGAGUCAUUAUAAAUGAUUACGUCGAUGCAGAGGCACUUCUGAGUGCAGAGAACGUUGACCAGGAUAACCUGCAAUCUUACGCACGAGAGGCGGCUGACUUUGCCACAAACUAUCAGUUACCUUCUUUAGAUUUCGCGAUUAACCACUAUGGCCUGCCAGAUGUGGCGAUGUUCGAUUUUACAUCAAUGUAUGCAUCGGAAAACGCUGCGCUGGUGCGGGAGCGCCAUGGGCACCUCUUAUUAGUUGCACUGGUUGGCGACAGCUUAUUGGAGCCAUUCUGGCCGAUGGGUACUGGCUGCGCCCGUGGAUUUUUGGCUGCGUUCGAUACAGCCUGGAUGGUGAGAAGUUGGUCCCAAGGGAACCCUCCGCUAGAGGUUAUUGCUGAACGGGAAGGACUGUAUCGACUGCUCCCCCAGACGACCCCUGAAAACAUCAGUAAGAACUUCGACCAAUACACCAUUGACCCAGCAACACGAUAUCCGAAUCUCAACUCCAACUGUGUCCGAUCCCACCAGGUGAAGCAUUUAUUUUUCACAAAUGAAUUGCUGACUUGUCCUCUGCAGAGAGAUAAUUCCAUCAGGAGAUCGGUGGGACUGACCAGACAUGAGUCCGAUAUCAGACCUAACAAGCUUCUGACGUGGUGCCAGAAGCAGACCGAGGGUUACCAAAAUGUUAAUGUGACCGACCUCACCAAAUCAUGGAAGAAUGGUCUGGCUCUCUGUGCCAUCAUUCACCGCUUUCGUCCAGAACUUAUUGAGUUCAGCUCUUUAAACGAGGAAGACGCGGUCACGAAUAACCAGCUGGCGUACGAUAUCGCUGAGAGGGAAUUUGGAAUUACUCCCAUAACCACAGGAAAGGAGAUGGCUUCAACGGAGGAGCCAGACAAGCUCAGCAUGGUCCUGUACCUCUCAAAAUUCUAUGAAUUAUUCAGGGGGAGCCCGCUGAGACCUGUCGACACGUCAUGUAAGAACAAUGGAAAGAAUCAAGAAGAUUAUUUAUCAAGACCAUCAAAUCUGAUCUUCAAUAAUUACCUCAAUUUAACUCUACCAAGAAAAAGGAUCCCAAAGGUUGAAACGAAAUCGGAAGAAAACGAUGUAAAUAAGCGGAGAAAGAAAGAGCAGCGCAACUUUGAUGAGCCCGCAAGUGUUUCUAAUGCAAGUUUGGGAAAUAAUGAAUGUAGUGAUACCAAAGAAGUCAUCAAUCAAAACAAAGUGAAAUCAAUGGCCAGCCAGCUUCUCGCCAAGUUUGAGGAAAAUGCGCCCAAUACAUCUCUGCGUAGAACGGCUUUAGCUCUAUCUGAUGUUGAUAGCGCCGCGUCGGGGCUGUGCCCCUGUGAUACUCCUCCUGUUAACCCUCGCUUUGCUAAACCCGUGGAUCCAACUCCCUGCCAACCUCAAGUUGAGCCCAAAAGGCAGGUGCUAGUCAGAGCACAGCCACUGUUCAGACCACCCACCCUUCCAAAACCUCGACCUGCUCCCGCGAGCAGAGAGCCAAAGCCUGUAGCAAAAGCAGAUGACAACCCGGAGCGUGCAGACGACACAGACUCUCUCAUGUCUGCUUGUUCCGCUCUUGCCCUUACUGGUAUCCUUCAGCGUCUCCAACACAUUGAAGAGAAAGUCCAGCAGAAAAGAGCUCAAUCUUUAUCAAACAGAGAGUUUCAUAAAAAGAAUAUAAAGGAGAAAGCUGCUCACCUGGCGUCGCUGUUCGCUUCCGAGGAUUUCCCGCAGAACAAGCUUUCUUCCCCAGGCUUAUCUCAUUAUCCAUCUAAAACCCCCAACUUUGAUUCCCAAGUUCUUCCUCCAUGUCCAUCAUCUGCUGCUUCCUCUGAAUCUCUGUCUAAAAAGGUUUUAACUCUAGCCUCUGUCCCUGUUGACGCUACCAACAAGAUUAAGAUAGGUUUCCCGGAUCCCACGCAGAUGACGGUAGGAAAGGUGUCACAUGGGGUAGGUGCUCUGGCCGCAGUACUUGUCAAUCUUUACAUGAGUGACCACAGACCCAAAUCAAAGUCACCGGAGCUGACGUCCAUGGAUGAUUCUGCAUCCUCUCUUCUUUCUGAUCCAUUUUCUUCCUCUCCUGACUGUAUUUCUCCUCCACCAAAGGGAUCUCUGCGAAAGGAAUUCCCUGCAAAUAUUGGAGGUAGUGACAUCUGCUAUUUCUGCAAGAAACGGGUGUACGUAGUCGAGCGGCUCAGCGCCGAGGGGCAUUUUUUCCACCGAGAGUGUUUCAAGUGUGCCUUCUGUUCCACAAGCCUCCGGCUGGGAAAUUAUGUGUUUAACAUGGAAGAAGAUAAAUUUUACUGUCAGCCUCACUUUAUGCACUCUUUUUCAAACAACAAGACGCGCAAAAGACGACCAGAUUCGAGGAGUCAGGAGGAAAAAACGUGGAAGAGAGAAGCGGCCACGGCUGCCGAGGUCACCACAGACAGCCCGUACAGUGACCAUAGCAGUUCAGACGAGAGCUCCCCAGGUAUCAUGACUUCCUUAUUUCGGAAAUCUGUAAGAUGGCCUCUUGAGGUGACAAGGGAUCUCCUGGCCAUUCCAAGCCGUCUGUCUAACUGGACGCACGGGGUAUUACAAGAUGCCCGUCGCCAUGUCAGGGACAACGAACAGAGCUAUGUCUACACGUAUGAGCUUCUGAGCGUGUCUUUGCCCUUCCUCUAUAUGCUGCUAGAAAUGCUUACACAUAUGUACUACGAGGCUGGACCUUCUCUUCAGUCUAUAAUCCAGCAGCCAAAUGGUCUAAAAUGGUACACCAAUGAACGGGGGAACUAUGUGAAUGAAAGAGAAAAUGGUAUACUAUGGGGACUGGGAUGUAGUCUAAACACAAAGGGAUGCCAGCUUACCACCAGACUGGAAGAUGAACCAAUUUCACCUAAGAAAUCAAGAAGCGAUAGCAACUCCUUUUUCUAUGCCAUUAAGAGGAGACUUUCCUCUGUAUCGACUGAGUGGAAGUCGGUAACGAUUGAGCCAGAGGAGGAGACAGCAGAGAAUAACAUCAUGGCUGUACGUGUCAUGGUUCACAGCGACAAUAGCAGUUCAGACAAUGAGGAAGAAACUUAUUCUGAAAGAACAGACAGCUCUGUGAACAUAAACGGGAAACAAACUGAUGCAACAAGCCAUACUGGUCAGACGGUCCCUUCCAGCAAGCUUCGGAGAUGGAAAAGGCUUCUGUCUGAUAAGAACAUGUUUUCUAAGUCAAUUCCUUCGAUUACUGUUACAAAGCCUGCUUGUGUUUCCCGGGAAGGAUUGCCCAGUCUAUUGAGUUCUCCAGAUGAUGAGGUAUUCUGCAAAUCGGUGGCUCCUGAAUCCUUCAGUAAUUCUGCUAUAAGAAAGAAUGAGGUUUUAGAGAACAGGUAUCAUGGGGUCCCAACAUACAGACCCCAUCACAAAGCACUCCUUAACAGCAGCCAAAAUAAUUUACAACGUGAACACACAACUCGAUAUCUGACUUCUGAUAAACACAUUCCCCACCUCAAGGGUGAACAUGAAGGAUACAGAGAUGUCAUUGUCUAUAAUCCUCACUCAGAAUCUUCCAUGGACUCAAGUGAUGUUUUUGAAGAGGACUACCAUGCAGAUCAAAGGCUUAAGGAGAAUCUGACAGAGCAUGACUCUAAUUUAAAAAGUCAAAGCCUUAAAAAGCUUGUGCUUUCUCAAGAGGAAAAAACCAACCUUCUGGAUUGGAACAUUGGAAACCCAAAACAACGUGUGGGAAAUAAUCGAGAGAAAGCUGCUCCCCAAGUGGAACCAGAUCCUGGAGGAGAAUCGGGGGCAAAAGGUAAAUCGGCUUUCAGUAUUCUGUCAGAUAUAAUAAGAAGGUCGCUUAGAAGAUCUACAAACUCUGUUUCAGAGAGUACGACACCCACUUUAUUGAAUAAAGAGAAAUCGGGAGGCUAUUUUGACUUUUCCACCUCAUUUUUCCGAAGACGUGGCAGUAAUACAGAACAUCAAACAAAUCCUAAUGGCAGCGAAAUGAACUCGCAAAGUCAACAUUUAAGCUCUGGCUGGCGUAUACAUCCCCAAAACGAUAAACAAAACACUUCCACAAACACCAAAAUUGAAGAUCGUAUGCCAAAAAUGUUGGAAAAAAUCACAAUUAAGGAGAACCCACCAAGUGGUGCAAAUCAAGAUAUACCCUUUCGUAGCAGAAGAAAUUCAUUUUUUUCAUCAUUAAAGCUAAAAAAAUCUGAAAAUCCCCUAUAUGCAUCAUCCACUGAUACAUGGAGUGUGUUUGGAAGUUUUAGAAGAAAUGUAAAUGAGAAGAAAACGGCUGAAAGUCUUCAAACAAAUAUUGCCCAUAAGCCACCCCCUAAACCUUCAAGAGAUGAAACCGAUACCAUUAGUACAUCAAACAGAACCCCACCGACAAGGGAAUCCACAGCGAUACCCACAGGGAACCAGACCAGAGGUGGGAGGAUGGCGAUGUCAGAGAAUUGCUGUAACUCAUCUGAUGAUGAAGAAUCAACAUCUAAAAGCUCCUCAUCAUUCAAGGCUACACGGGCGAUAAAAGACAGGAGAAAAAUUGAAAAGGAAGCGCGACAGAAAGCCAAACAAGAGGAACUGAAACGUCUCCACAAAGCCCAGACAAUACAACGUCAGCUGCAGGAAUUGGAAGAAAGGCAACGGGCACUCGAGAUUCAAGGUGUUAAACUGGAGAAGGCUCUGCGAGGGGAAUCAGAUUCAGGCACACAGGAUGAAGCCCAGUUACUCCACGAAUGGUUUCAAGUCGCCUUUCAAAGGAAUAAAUUGAGUCGUUAUGAAUCGGAGCUCUUGUGCGUAGCUAAAGAGUUGGAUUUAGAAGACCAACACGCGAGGCUGGAGCAGACCCUGCGAGAGAAGAUGGUUAUUGAACCUUCCUUGAAAAGUGAGAAGGACGUCGCAGAUGAAGAGAUCAUUUUUGCAGAGAUGAUGAGAGUUGUGGAGCAAAGAGAUCAACUUGUGACUCAAAUUGAAGAACAAAGACUCCGACAAAACUCGGAAGAGAAUAAAUUGAGUGAUAUCCCAAUCAUAUCAAAAUGAGCGUGAACAAAAAGGGUUGUGUAAAUACGUUAAUAGCCAUCAAGCAGAAAUCUAUGACCGUUUGCGGAUGUUGCGUUUGGAGAGAGUCAGCUACUGCCAGCCAGGUUGCGUUGAUCAUUUUUGUGGAGUAAGUCAAUGUGGAGAAGGAAUGGAGAAACCUGGGAGACAUAAUGAUGUAACUGUGGUUUUAUCCAGUUUGAAACGUUAUGAGAAAAUAUUAAAAAUCACUUACAGGCGUCAAAAGGUGCUAAAGAUAUUAAAAAUCAUUUACAGGCGCCAAAAGGCGCUAAGAAGUUCUGAUUAUCAGUUUUGCUGCAGGAGCUUUGACGUUACGUUGAAAGAAGAGUUUAACUGAACUCAGGGCUGGAAUUUUCAGUAAGCCGCUUCCUGUUUGAUAGAAUUUUCUUACCCCAAUGCAACAAAUAUA